AUGGCUCAAGCAUUACUGCCACUGUCGCGGAUCGAGACCAAGGUUCUCAGCAACGGCAUCCACGCGCUCGUCGCCGGCGGGGCCAGCACGAGUAGUGCCGCUGACAGCCCAGGUGCGCCUAUUGUCUGCAUGGCCGGGUGGCCGCAGACGAAAGAAGCCUACGCCGAGAUGGUCCCUCUCCUCGCACGGCGUCACCGCGUCUUGGUUCUCGACCUUCCGGGCCUCGGGGCCUCGGCGGCGCCCGGCGACCAGCAGCAGCAGCAGCAGCAGCAAGGGGGUGGAUACAGCACCGGGGCCAUCAGCUCGAUCCUGCGGUCGGCGGUCGGUGCGGAACUGGGCGGCGGCUGCGCGUACCACCUCGUCGGCCACGACGUGGGAGCGUGGGUCGCGGCCGCGUGGCUGCGCCGGUUCCCUUCGUCCCUCCUGAGCGUGACGCUCAUGGACUCGAUCGUGCCCGGCACCUUCCCGGCCCUCGCGUUCCCGCCGCCCGACGACGUUAACAGGCGCCUGUUCCAGUUCUCGUUCAACCGGCUCCCGCCGCCCUUGCCGGAGACCCUGGUCCAGGGCAAAGAGCGCGAACUGCUGGACUGGCUCUUUGACGCGAAGGCGGCGCAUCCGGAGCGCAUCACCCGCGCCAGCCGCGACCUCUACGCCGCCGCGUACGCCCGUCCCGGCGCCAUGGCGAACGGGUUCUCGUACUAUCGUGCCUUUGACGAGAGCGUCAGACAGCACGAACUGGCCUCGGAAGCCAACGACGGCGUCAGUGGCGGCGGCGAUGGCAGCAGCAGUAGUAGUAGUGAUGAUGGUGUCGCUGUUUCUGUGCAUGUGCCUAUCCUUGCAAUCGGUGGUGAACAGGCGACCGGCAAGACCAUGGAAAGGGUGCUUGCCCUCUCCGCAGAAAAAAAGAGGUCGAAACUGGUCAUCAUCCCGGAUUGCGGACAUUACGUUAUGGAGGAACAGCCUGAAGCCACUGCUGCGGAAAUACUAAUGUUCGUUGAUGCCAUAGACGACGAAAAGAAGUGA